AUAUUGUCCAUGUGAAUCAUGACACAGUCAAGGGUCUCCUCACUCGUCUUCAUUCCAAAAGAUGAAAAUGUUUACCUUUUACAAAUUCGUGUUCAUAAAUAGAAAAACAGUGCCUAAAGAAAGCAACAGGGUCACCAUCAGGAUUCUGUAGUUACGGUUUGUUCUGCUGUCGUUAUAACUGUAGCCUCCGUUGUUGAAUUUCUCCAAAAUGCAACCGUGUCAUGUAAUACUACGUUACUCUCUCUGUCAGACUAAACUGCACGCCAAUGUUCAUUUUUUUUCGUUUCUUUUUCAGAUGUGGGCCUUGUGGUGUUUACAUGCGUCGGUUGAGCCUUUGAUUGAGCCAGACAGAGAUAAAAAAUCUUGUUGCCCAAGUGAGGGAAAAAGGGUUGCCUUGGACACUUCUCACCUUGUUCUCUGGGUUAUGUUAAUUUGAAAGAAGCUACUUGGCAUCAAGAAUGGGUUCAGGUGAUUGGUUUAAGACAAUAAUUAGCUCAAGAAAAUCAAAAGAAGGCACAUCAAAGAAAGUAAAGACUAAGAUUUAUACAAGAAAAAAGUCCAAUGGUUUAGCAAAUGGAAUCAAAAGCAAAAAUCUAGAGUCAGAUGGGGUAUCAGUUGAAACUAUUGCUGCAACAAGGAUCCAAACAGCAUUCCGAGCUUAUAAGGCUAGAAAAUAUUUACACCGCUUGAGAGGAUUCACAAAAUUGAAGAUCCAGACUCAAGGUUCCUCUGUUCAAAAACAAGCCGCCACAACUAUAACUUAUCUUCAUUCAUGGAGCAAGAUACAGGCUGAGAUUAGAGCUCGCCGAAUAUGUAUGGUUACAGAAGACAGAAUCAGGCGGAAGAUAAUACAUUCUCAACUAAAACUUGAGUCCAAGAUUCAUGACCUGGAGGUGGAAUGGUGUGGUGGUUCUGAAACCAAGAAGGAAAUCCUUGCAAGGUUACAUCACAGAGAAGAAGCUGCGGUCAAGCGGGAAAGAACCAUGGCAUAUGCCUUCUCUCAUCAGUGGAGGGCCAACUCUAGCCAAGGGCUAGGAAAUUAUGACCUUGGCAAAGCUAGUUGGAGUUGGAGCUGGAAGGAUCGAUGGAUUGCUACGCGCCCUUGGGAAAGCCGUGUGCCAAGUGUAACCAUUAGCCCCCCUAAAGAUCAAAAUAAGAAGCCGAACAAAGUUAAGAAGGAUAAGAAUUCAUCAACAUCAAAAAAACCAAUUUCAGUUAAAACUCCUUCAGCUAAUGCUAAAGGGACUAAAUCCUUAGGUAAUGCAAAAGGGACUACAAAAGCUAGAAGAAGAUUGUCUUACCCUGCUGCCACAGAAAAAAGCAGUGCCUGAAGGAAAGCAAUGAGUACUCAGAACAAAAGCAUGCAUAUUUUAUCAAAGUCUACAUCGUGUUAACUUUAGCAGAGUCAAAUUCAGUUUCAAGUGGUUACAGUGUGUGUGUUUAAAGAUAAAAGGCAAUCUGUUUUUCUUUAUUCACUGGAUUGCUUCCAAUUUGUGCAUAUGAAUGAGUGAAAUUCAAUGACCUUAGUGAUAGAAAAUGGACCAACAAACCUGCUUGUGUGUGUGAUUUGUUGAUUGGUUUUUAUUUCUUCAAUCUUGUAUAUUAGUGCAGUGAGGAGACAAAUUAUAGAUA